CGCGCCACACGUCCCGCGCCGCCGGCCGCCGCGCCGCCGGCCCGCGCGCGCCCGCCCCGCUAGCCGCCGCGCCGCCCGGCCCGCGCUCGGCGGCCGGCGCGCCCAUGGAGCCGCCCUGGGAGCUGGAGCUGGAGGUGCGGCGGCACAUCGAGACCUGCGCCUGCCCCUGCGACCACAUGGGCUACGGCAACUACCUGGACUACCAGGUGCCGGCCGGGCACGCCUGCCUGUGCCGCGCGCUCGGCGACCCGCACGCCCACGCGGCCGUCCCGGUGCCGGAGGGCAUGACGUUUCCGGGCCCGCUGCCGGACGUGGCGGAGCGCUGCGGGCGCUGGGCGCCGGACUCACUGUCAGCCUCCGCAUCCGGCAGCUCGGACGAGAAGCCCACGCCGCGGCGCCCGCGCUGGCGCAUCGCUCUGGCCGCGCUCGUGGUGUUGGCGGGGCUGGGCGCCGCCCUGGCGCUACCCCUAGCGCUGGGCGGCGGCGGCCGUGCCACGCCCGAGCAGCGACUCUCCACCGUCCGCAAGCUGCUGCGGGACUCGCCGCUCGUCGAUGGGCACAACGACCUCGCGUGGAACGUACGAAAAUUUUUACACAACAAAAUCGGUGACUUCAAUUUGAGCGCCGGCCUCGAGAGCCUGGAGCCGUGGGCGCGCUCGCGCUGGUCGCACACGGACAUCCCGCGGCUGCGGCUGGGCCAGGUCGGCGCGCAGUUCUGGUCCGCCUACGUGCCGUGCGGCGCGCGCGACCGCGACGCCGUGCAGCUCGCGCUCGAGCAGAUGGACGUCAUCAAGCGCAUCGUGGACAUGAACGCGGCGCACCUGGCGCUCGUGACCGACGCGGCCGAGCUGCUGGACGCGCACCGCGACGGCCGCAUCGCCUCGCUCAUCGGCGUGGAGGGCGGGCACGCGCUCGGCGACUCGCUGGCCGUGCUGCGCGCCUUCUACCAGCUGGGCGCGCGCUACCUCACCGUGACCCACACGUGCGACACGCGGUGGGCGCGCGCGGCUGGCGCGGCGGGCGGGCUCACGGAGUUCGGCCGCGCCGUGGUGCGCGAGAUGAACCGCCUGGGCAUGAUCGUGGACCUGUCGCACGCGGGCGAGGAGACGGCGCGCGACGCGCUGGCCACGACGCAGGCGCCGGUGGUGUUCUCGCACUCGGGCGCGGCGGCGCUGUGCAACUCCACGCGCAACGUGCCCGACGAGCUGCUGCGCCUCGUGGCGGCCAACGGCGGCGUCGUCAUGAUCAACUUCUACGCGAAGCUGGUGACGUGCGGCGAGCGCGCCACGCUCGAGGACGUGGUGGCGCACAUCAAGCACGUGCGGCGCGUGGCGGGCGUGGCGCACGUGGGGCUCGGCGCGGGCUACGACGGCAUCGACGCGCCGCCCGCGGGGCUGGAGGACGUGUCGCGCUACCCGCACCUGCUGGCCGAGCUGCUGCGGGACCCCGACUGGAGCGAGGAGGACGUGCGCGCGCUGGCCGGCAUGAACGUGGUGCGCGUGCUGCGCGGCGUGGAGCGCGUGCGCGACCAGUGGCGCCGCGCCGCCGUGCAGCCGGGCGAGGAGGCGGCGGCCGCGCGCGCCGGCGCCUGCGUGUACGGCCCCGCGUGACGCCGGCUGCCCGCCGCGCCCCCGUGCGGCACACCUCGCACUGCUCAAUAUUGACACUUGUUGACCGUAGUUUUACAUGUAUAUUAGUGUCCAAAUGUGAUUUAGCGAAUAAAAAAUAUCUACCUUACCUGAAAUGAAUGCACAAAAAGUUAGCCGCGGAGCGCGUUGCGCGCUGAGCCCUUCGUCUCGGCGUCUCGAGGCGACCCCUCUCCAUCCAUGCACGACUUCGUUGACGAAAGCUCAAUGCCCGACGUAAUUUGUAUUAUGUGAGCUAAUAAAUCUAAUAUGAAAAUAAAUGAAAUGUGUUUAUAGAAAAAUAAAUAUUCUUUAUUUAUA